UGCAUUAUUUGUCUCUAAGUUUUCAAAAAAGAAAAAGAAGUGUAACGUUAAGAUCACUCUUUUCUCUUCUUUAAAUAGAUGGCAAAUGAUCUAUUAAAUGAUGAAUCUCCAACAACUAUGGUUUGAGUUAAUGUUAAGAAUACAGUAAACCCUAAAGCUUGUUUUUAGAGAAGAGAAGAAGAUAAAAGACGAGAAAAGAGAGUUAUUACCUUAUUGAACAUUAGAAGCUAAUGGCGUUCGAGUGUAUACAUGUAGACUCCCCAAAGCGAAGCCACACUCUUGAUGUCUCUCUCACUCGAAAGGUGGCAGCCGAAUUUGUGGGCACAUUCAUCUUGAUAUUUGGUGCAACAGCUGCACCCAUCAUCAACCAAAAGUACAACUCCCCCAUGUCACUGAUCGGAAACGCAGCAUGUGCCGGCCUAGCUGUGAUGAUCGUAAUUCUCUCAAUAGGACACAUCUCGGGUGCCCACCUGAACCCGUCGCUCACCAUCGCUUUGGCCACCCUCCGCCACUUCGCUUGGGCCCAUGUCCCUGCCUACAUCACCGCCCAGGUCUCUGCUUCCAUAUGUGCCUCCUUCACUCUUAAAGGCGUUUUUCACCCUUUCAUGUCUGGUGGUGUCACAGUUCCGUCCGUUGGUACCGGUCAAGCCUUUGCUCUUGAAUUCCUCAUUACCUUCAAUCUCUUGUUUGUCGUCACUGCUGUUGCUACAGAUACUCGAGCUGUUAGAGAGUUGGCCGGAAUUGGAGUUGGAGCUACAGUGAUGCUCAACAUUCUUAUUGCAGGGCCAUCCACCGGUGGUUCGAUGAACCCAGUGAGGACUUUAGGCCCUGCGGUCGCCGCUGGAAAUUACAGAGAACUGUGGAUAUACAUGGUGGCUCCUACACUUGGGGCCAUCGUUGGCGCCGGAACCUACACCGCCGUGAAGCAUAAAGAUGAUGGAAUAGAUGUUCUGCCGGAGGUGAGCAGUUUCCGUCGUUGAUAGUGAUGGUGGUAGCUAGCUAUAAUGUUUGUGUUUAAAUGUUCCCUUUUGCUUUGUGUAUUAUGAUCAUUAAUUAAUUAUAGAUAUAACUUUAGUUUUUGUCAUAUAUAUAUGUUGCAGUACUCUCUAAUAUUCACACAAGUUUAA